UCUUGACUCUUGAUCGCAAAGUGCUGGGCGUCUCUCUUCUGAAAUUGCCGCCCCCAGAUGUUGCUUCCAUUUGUCGUCCUCUUUCCUCAAGGUACGGGUGCCAGUUCAUCUAUGUCUGCCCACAUCCUGGAUAUCGUCGAACCAAGAAUGUCGAGGUCAGCAAGUAUGAAGCAGUUGUAGAUACGGCAUUCUUGCUGAGUCACCCGAUAUCAGCAGGCUUCCUCAAGCACCAUCCUGCAGCUGCAGAAUGCCCCUGCCAAGACACAGCUUCCGACUUUUCUACUCUCUUAUGCAGGAUACAUUCUGAGAAGAAAGUCGCUCAAUGCAGUUGCUGGGCGUCCAUCUCGCUAGCACUGCGAGGACUGCACAAGAAUCUUCUGCCACCAGCUGCCCUUACUUUUCGAUGACCACUUCUCCACUAAGAGACCGCCCGUCGCUUUCAACCACCCGCCGCAGCACAACAGGUGGUGCGCUUUAGCAGCUUGCAGCUGAUCGCAUAUAGACGCAACGGCGCCUGUCCGCAAGUCUGCGCACGACUAUGGCCAUAAAAAGAUUUGAUUUUGGGGGGUCCCCAAACGAGCGCAGCUCGGCGCAGCCCAUUCCCAUCAAGAAGCCCGCGGCGUCAGAUGCCAUGGGCGCAAACGGCGUCCAAUCGGGAAGCGCCAGCUGGCGCCAGCUGGCGCUUAGCGGGCUGAGCUUGCACCAGCAAAUCUUGGCGGCAUCACGGCGUUUGCCCCCCCUGCUGGACUUGGACUCGGAGGGAGCGUGUAGGGGGAGUGCCGAGGGGGGGAACGAAGAACUACGGAUAGCGGAAGCGAUGGAUUGUAUGAGGGAGUUUGUGCCAAGAGCUGCGCAGCUGGGAAGCGAUAAGGCUACGAAUAUCAGUGGGGGCAGUCCCCCCCAAUCUACCUUGGAGCCAGGUGUCACUCCCCCAUGCACCCCCGCUCUGCUCCCCUGCAGCCCCACCCCCCGCUGGCAGAUCAUGGGCCCGGCGUCUCCGGGGGGGAACAAGCUGCGCCGGCUGCAAAGCAUGGCCGACGUUGCGCACGUGAGGGAGCACUCUUGCUGUCCCGAUUUUGGGAGCUCCCCCCGUGAAGAAUUCCAAGUGCCCACCAGAAGCUCCAGCCUGGACUCCGCCCACAAGACAGCCGGCGACUCGAGUCCGAGCGACGGGUUCCUGAAGAGAGUGCGCUUGUAUGAGGAGAUCCGUUGCUCCGCCUGCGACGCUCUCUUCGAUUGCCCGGAAUCCCUCCAGCUGCACCAGCCCACGUGCAUACACCGUGACGUGACUUGCGAGCUGUGCGGGCAGGCCCGCCCACUGCGCCAGCUGGCAGCCCACGUGCAGAGGGAGUGCCCUCACGCCCAAGUGGCGUGCCCCAAGGACGGGUGCGCCUGGAAGGGCCACCGGGAGUUCCUUAAGACGCAUCUCAACGAGGUUUGCGCCUUUGCGGUCGUCCCGUGCCCCUUCGCUGGGAGCGGGUGCCCGGCACGCGUGACACGUGGCAAGCUGGGAGACCACCUGACCGAUGACAUCACGAACCACUUGCUGCUGGUCGCGCACGAGAACGCGCAGCUGCGCGUGCGCCUUCACCAGAUGGGCGCCGCCCAAACCCUGAUCCAAACCCGCGUAGAUAACCUCGAGACGGUGGUCCUGGUCGACCACGAGGAGGACGACACGGACGACGCCGCGUCCGAAGGCUCGUCAGCAUGACGUCAGCGCCGAGAUAAAAAUCCAAACCCCAAACCCCGCCCCUCAAAACCUAUUAACCCGAGUGCCAGAACCAAGCUUGCAACUCUUCGAAGCCUCAUUUUUCGUAGCUCCCACAGCCCUCCACAUGGGCAUCUCUGAGUUCCGAAGCUGUCCUUGGAAUCCGACGGCGAAACCCUUAACCCGACACCCCUAACCGGCAACCCUUUAUCUCAGUCCCCCGGGAGCUCCGGCCGGUGGCACGUGGCAACGCGCCGGUUUUGAUCCCAGUCAACGUCACCAGAGGAAAGCUGUAUCGUAUCGUGUGGUUUGUACAUAGAUGCCACGUGGUCUCCGAUGGAUAGGACAGGUUGUAAACGUAUCCGUCGGCUGUCGGCAUACUAAAUAGACGUCAAAUGUCCGGUUAUAGAGUUUUGCGCCGAUGAUGAUCUCCGGGAAUGUCGUUAGAAAAGAUAGACGGUUCGAGGGAGAAUCUAGCUGUAGGUGUGAGUUCCCGGGUACUGGUGAGGUGUAUAUACACCGAAUAGAGCAAGGAGGUUUCGCAGAGUAGGACCGCUAGUCGCCAAUUGUAAGAUCGGAGCGGCAGCGAAACAGAGAUUGACGCCUGAGAAACUGUGAGGCUGCAGCCACACACUGAAGUCAAGGGAGACGCGGGUAGCGUGUAUUCGUUGCACAAAACUUUGCUUAUGAGGAUGACUGCUUGUUCAAUAAAGUACUGAAGACCUCAAUGCAGAAAGUUUAGGAGAGUAAUAUCUAUAGGUCCGAAGUCGAGUCAAAGUGAUACCACAAACUUAUGCGACUGGAGCAAACUCACUUGGUGUAGAUUCGUCAACCUUGUGUCAACAAAUGAGACGGUUGGUGUAACACCUAUUCGCCC